AGUUUUGGUCGAUAUCGUCCAGAGCUAAACUGAGUUAAACAGCCUAGGGAAUAUGAAGUUAUUUCUGAGUGCCACGCUAUUCAUAAUGCUUGGCCUUAUGGGCCAGGCUCCCAUUGCCGAGGCCGGUUUGUUCGGUAGUAUCGGCAAUGCGAUAAGUUCCGGUGUUAAUGCAGUUGGCAAUGUCGUUGGCAAUGUAGUUGACGCUGGUACUAAUGUUGUUGGCAAUGUAGUUAAUACCGGUGUCAAUAUUGCAGGCAAUAUGGCAAAUACUGGUACGAAUAUCAUUGGCACCGGUAUUAACGUUGGCGGAGGUCUCAUCAACGGCGGCAUAAAUCUUGGCGGAGGUCUCAUUAACGGAGGCCUUAACCUCAUCAAUGGCAUGUUUGGUGGUGGCGGCAGCGGCGGCGGCGGCGGUAGCUCCACCGUUCACUGGAGUGGCAGCCCCAACGGCUUCGAUCUUGGUGCUCUACUGGGUCAGUUUGGUAUCACUGCCGGCGGCAAUGGUGGCAACACCGUCAUCAACUGGAAUUUAAUCAUGAAUCAAGGACCUAAUGCUCAAGGCAAUUUCGAUUUGGGUGCUUUCCUGCGCCAGUAUGGCUUUGGCGGCAAUGUUGCCGAUGGGCAAUUGCUUAUCAAUUGGAAGUAUUUGCAGAACGUGCAAGCCAAUGGCUCUGGCCAAAUUGAUAUCAACAAUCUGCUGGCACAGCUUUUCUCUGGCAAAAAUGGCUCCAUCGAUAUUCAAUGGAAUGCCAAUCCUCCACCACCACCCUCUUUCAACAUUGUCAUCCAAUGGGAUCAGAUUAAGGGAGCACAACCCGAUCAAAAUGGCAACAUCGAUUUAAGCGCCCUUCUUGCCAAAUUCGGUUAUAACAUUGCUGGUGGCCACCAAUUGCUUAUCAGCUAUGAUGACUUCAAGAAGUUGCAAGUUAAUGGUUCGGGACAAGUGGACUUUGGUGCCCUGCUAGGCCAGUUGUUGGGUGGCAGUGGAAGCCCCCCCAGUGGCGGUAGCACCAGCCAACCCACCGGCCCAGCUGUUGAUAUCGAUGCUGUCUAUGCCAAGCUGAACAUUCCCAAGGGUAACAACAUCAUACUGGGUGUGGACAGUUUGAAAACUAUGAGACCCGAUGGCUCGGGCAAUGUUGAUGUGGGACCCUUCCUUCAACACUUUGGCAUUGGCAAUGGCAACUUUGUGGUCAGCUAUGACACUGUUAAGAGUAUCCCCAGCGAUGCCUCGGGCAAAAUUGAUCUGCUAACCCUGCUGAAACAUUUCAACAUUUCCUUCUCCUACGGACAACCCAGCACGCAACCCAUCAAUGUGAACGUCGAUGAUGUCUAUGGCAAAUUGGGAUACGAAAAAGGCAGCACUGUCAUCGUGGACAUAACAAAUAUGAAAAAUCUUAAACCCGACUCCUUCGGCUAUGUUGAUGUUGCCCCAUUCCUGGGUAACUUUGGCAUAAACCUCGACAAAUAUCUCAUCAACUUUGAGAAGAUUGCAAAUAUUCCCACCGAUUCGGCAGGAAAAGUCGAUUUGCUUACCCUGCUCGAGCAUCUGAAUAUUGGCUUCAGCUAUGGAUACCCCUCGACUUCCGGCCAAGACAUCAAGGUAAACAUGGAUGAGCUAUACAGCAAGCUAGGCUUUAGCAAAGGCAGCACGGUCAGCAUUAACAUAUCCAACUUGAAAAAACCCAAGCCAGAUGGCCUUGGAAAUGUCGAUAUUGGACCCUACCUGCAGCAACUUGGCAUUGGCAGUGGCUCCUUUGUGGUUAACUACCAGACCGUUCAAAAUCUGCCCACCGAUGCAGAAGGCAAAAUUGAUCUGUUCGCCCUGUUGGAACACCUGAAGAUUCCCUUCUUCUAUGGCAGUUCGCCCACAGCUCCUGCCGUGGUCUCACUAGACGUUGUAUACCAGAAAUUCAAUGUGCCCAAGGGCACCACCAUCACCUUGAACAUUGACUCCAUCAAAAAGCUGAGACCUGAUGCCGCUGGUAAAGUGGAUGUUGGUCCUUUCCUACAGCCUUUGGGCAUUUUAGACGGCUCCUACCUGGUGGACUACAACACCGUCCAGGGGCUCCCCAUCGAUGGUGAGGGCAAAAUCGACCUGAUCUCACUGUUGGACCGACUUAACAUUAAAUUUGUCUAUGGCAAUGGCAAUCCCAGCACACAGUUACCGGUCAUUGUGAGCUAUGGCACCAUCUGCAACAAGUUCGGCAUACAACCGGGUAGCAAGAUCUCCAUAAACAUUGACAGCUUGAAGACUCUUAGACCCGAUUCCACUGGCAAUGUGGAUAUAGGCCAUUUCCUGCAACCCCUGGGCGUUGGUAACGGUUCGUUCCUGGUCAAUUUGAACACCGUGAAAGAUGUGCCCACCGAUGAAGCGGGAAAUACCGAUUUCAUCACACUUCUAGAGAAGGUGGGAGUUUUGGUGACCGACAAGCCUGCAGCACCUGUCCAAUUGAACAUUGACGAUAUUCUCAGAAUGCUAAGUCAAAUUGCCCACAGCAAUAAUGGUCAGACCAUUAACAUCGACCUGAAUCAAAUCAAUCAUCUGGUGCCCGAUAAAGAUAACCAAAUUGAUCUUGGACCCUUCCUUCAAAAUCAGGGCUUCGGCAAUGGUGGUUCGCAUACCGUUAAUUUCGAUAUUAUCAAGAAACUUAUCGAAGGAUCGAAUGGCGGUUCCAUUGAUCUGCUGACAUUGCUGCUGGAAGCUACCAAACCCCCACCAGUUAUCACCGUCAAUCUGGACAAAAUUCUUGAGGACUUGAACAAACAUCCCGAGGGAGGCUCUAUCACCAUUAACUUGAAUGGCAAUGUGCCCGAUGAGCAUGGUCAGCUCGAUCUUGGUCCACUUCUUCAUCAGCUGGGCCUAAAUACUGGCGGUUCAUUGGUGGUCGACUACAAUGUCAUCAAGGAUGUGCCCAAAGAUCCCUAUGGCAACAUUAACGUCAAAGAACUCCUUGCCCUACUCUCAAAGCAGAAAGAACCCCAGCAGCAGAUACCACUUGAAAUUGAUCUGAACGAUAUCAUAUCACAAAUCAAGAACAAUAACAACCAGGUUCCCAGUUACAUUGUGAACAUCAAUGUCAUUAAGAAAACUCCCGAUGGAAAGUUCGACAUUGGCCCAAUUCUCGCACAACUCGGUUUCAAGACUAACGGCGGCCAAUUUAACAUCGACUUUAACAUCAUCAAAGACUUCCAAGUAGAUAACACUGGAGAUAUUGACAUAACGGCGCUGAUUAAGUUCAUCACAAACACUCAACAAGAGCAGACCACAACGCCCAGCUAUGUAUUCGAUAUCAAUUUCAUACUGGAACAGCUUAAAAAGAGACCAGACAUCAUCCUUAACAUCAAGGACAUCCCAGAAACUCCCGAUCAGAAGUUCGACCUUGGCACCUUACUCACCAAGUGGGGCGUAAACCCAACCGGCGGUUCACUGACGAUCGAUUUUAACAUCGUCAAGGACUUCCAAGUGGAUCCCAGCGGAAAUAUUGACAUAACAGCCCUGAUUAACUUCAUCACAAACAAUCAGCAACCGCAGACAACAACCCCCAGCUAUGUAUUCGAUAUCAAUUAUAUCCUAGAAAAGCUUAAAGAUAUGAAGGACAUCGUCUUUAACAUUAAGGACAUCCCAGAAACUACCGAUCAUAAAUUCGACAUUGGUCCCCUACUCACACAGUGGGGUUUGAAUCCCAACGGUGGUUCACUCACCAUUGAUUUCAACAUCAUCAAGGACUUCCAAGUAGAUCCCACGGGAAAUAUUGACAUAACAGCCCUGAUUAACUUCAUCAAUAGUAGCCAGGCCACAACCCCAAGUUAUUGGCCAGAAGUUACCACAACCACACCCGGCUAUGUGGUCGAGCAGACUACUAAGAGCGAACCCACCAAGUAUCCACUGGAUAUUAAUUUCAUUCUUGAACAAAUUAAACAAAUGCCAGACAUCACCGUUAACAUCCACAACGUGCCAGAAACCCCCGAUCAGAAGUUCGACUUUGGCCCAAUCUUUACUGAAUUGGGAUUCAAUCCUAGCGGCGGUUCAUUCUUCGUUGAUGUCAACUUCAUCAACAAAUAUGUGGUAGAUCCCUCAGGAAAUAUUGACAUAACAGCGAUAAUAAAGGAUUUGGGAAAUCCUACAGUUGUACCCGAAACAACAACCCCCGGCUAUGUGGUAGAGCAGACUACUAAGAGCGAACCCACCCAGUAUCCACUGGAUGUUAAUUUCAUCAUAGAAAAACUCAAGGAAAUGCCCGACAUCACUAUUAACGUUAACAGUGUUCCCCAAACUCCCGAUCACAAGUUCGACUUUGGCCCAAUCUUAAAGGAACUGGGCUUCAACCCUAGCGGCGGUUCAUUCUUCGUUGAUGUGAACUUCAUCAACAAAUAUGUGGUAGAUCCCUCAGGAAAUAUUGACAUUACAGCAAUAAUUAAGGAUUUGGAAAAGCCCACAAUUGCUCCGGAAACAACAACCCCCGGCUAUGUGGUAGAGCAGACUACUAAGAGCGAACCAACCCAGAGUCCAUUGGACGUUAGUUUCAUCAUUGAACAACUGAAACAAAUGCCCGACAUCACCAUUAACGUUAACAGUGUUCCCCAAACUCCCGAUCACAAGUUCGACUUUGGCCCAAUCUUCAAGGAACUGGGCUUCAACCCUAGCGGCGGUUCAUUCUUCGUUGAUGUCAACUUCAUCAACAAAUAUGUGGUAGAUCCCACAGGAAAUAUUGACAUUACAGCAAUAAUUAAGGAUUUGGAAAAGCCUACAAUUGCUCCGGAAACAACAACCCCCGGCUAUGUGGUAGAGCAGACUACUAAGAGCGAACCUACCCAGCGUCCAUUGGACGUUAGCUUCAUCAUUGAACAACUGAAACAAAUGCCCGAAAUCACCAUUAACGUUAACAGUGUUCCACAAACUCCCGAUCAGAAGUUCGACUUUGGCCCAAUCUUUAAGGAACUGGGCUUCAACCCUAGCGGUGGCUCAUUCCUCGUCGAUGUCAACUUCAUCAACAAAUAUGUGGUAGAUCCCUCAGGAAAUAUUGACAUUACAGCAAUAAUUAAGGAUUUGGAAAAGCCUACAAUUGCUCCGGAAACAACAACCCCCGGCUAUGUGGUAGAGCAGACUACUAAGAGCGAACCCACCCAGCGUCCAUUGGACGUUAGUUUCAUCAUUGAACAACUUAAACAAAUGCCCGACAUCACCAUUAACGUUAACAGUGUUCCACAAACUCCCGAUCACAAGUUCGACUUUGGCCCAAUCUUUAAGGAACUGGGCUUCAACCCUAGCGGCGGUUCAUUCUUCGUUGAUGUCAACUUCAUCAACAAAUAUGUGGUAGAUCCCUCAGGAAAUAUUGACAUUACAGCGAUAAUAAAGGAUUUGGAAACUCCCGUCACACCUGCGACUACACCUGCGACUUGGCAACCAGAAUCCACACCUGCAACUUGGCAACCAGAAUCCACACCAGCAACUUGGCAACCAGAAUCCACACCUGCAACUUGGCAACCAGAAUCCACACCUGCAACUUGGCAACCAGAAUCCACACCUGCAACUUGGCAACCAGAAUCCACACCUGCCACUUGGCAACCAGAAUCUACACCUGCAACUUGGCAACCAGAAUCCACACCUGCAACUUGGCAACCAGAAUCCACACCUGCCACUUGGCAACCAGAAUCUACACCUGCAACUUGGCAACCAGAAUCCACACCUGCAACUUGGCAACCAGAAUCUACAACUCCAUCAUGGCAACCAGAAUCUACAACUCCAUCAUGGCAACCAGUGGGUACUGAACCUACACCAACAACUUGUUGGGUACCAGAUACAACUCCUGCGAAAAUAGAAGGUAAUCCUACUGAGCCAACCUGGACGGAAGUAACGACUCCUCGGGCUCCUCUGGAAACAACAACUGCACGUUGGCCUAUUGAGGUAGCUACCAAACGUCCAAUAACCGAUAUCAAAUUCCCAUGGGACAAAUUGAUUUGGAAUUGGAGGCCACAUCACAAAUGGCCUGUUACCGGCAUACCUCCACGCCAACCAGAGUUCUUGCACAGGCUGCCAUAUCACAUUCGUGCCACCAUCAUUCGCUACUUGUACAAUUAUCCCAAUUUUGAGAUGGAGACCAGACCCAACCAUCGUCUGAUUAUCGAUUUGUUGCGCCAACUGAACUUUGUACCAAUUUUCGGCAGAGAUCCCAACGAGUUCGAUCCCAUCAUUGCCAAUUUGAUUUUGAAAUUGUAUACGAAUCCUAGUUUUACCACUGAGCUUACAUUGCGCGCAUAUUUGAUACAAAAAUUGUAUGACAUACCCAAACGCAAUUAUUUGCUACAUGUCUUGUAUGAUGCCCCCACACCGGAUCUGUUGACUUUGUAUAUGCAUGGCAGUCUGAAUCCAAUGAAUGAUUUUGGUUCUCCUCAGCCUCGUGAUUAUUUGUUGCGUUUAUUGUUUGGCAACUCGAUUCCACGUUAUUUCUUCCGCAACAUUUAUGGCUACCCUGUGCCUGAAUAUCCUCACCAUGGAUAUCCUGGCAAUAACAUGCCCGGUUUCCCACAUGGUUAUCCUGGAUUCCCACAUGGCUAUCCCGGAUUCCCACAUGGCUAUCCUGGUUUCCCACAUGGCUAUCCUGGUUUCCCUCACGGAUUCCCAUCCAAUCCCCUUGGCUUCCCUUCAAAUCCCCUUGGCUUCCCUUCAAAUCCCCAUGGACCCCUGUUUAGACCCAUUGGCGGCAAUUUGAUUGGACAACUUCAUGUCAGUGUUUCACAUCCAGGAAGUGGCAACUAUCCUAAUGGCCAUGUUAAGUUGCCCAACAUUCAACAAUUCUUAAAUAAUUUGCCCGGCGGUACUAACUCGCCUUCUGAUGGUGUUGUACCCAAAUUGCCCACCGUUAAUCAAUUCCUAAACAAUAUGCUUAACAAUGGUAAUGGUAAUCCUGGCUCCAGCUCCAGCCCAGAUGGCAGCAAUCCUCCCAAUGGCAAUGUGAAGUUACCCACCAUCAACCAAUUCCUUAAUAAUUUCGGCAACCAGGGCAACCCUGGUUCCAGCUCUACCCCCGGCGGUAGCAGCUAUCCUCCCAAUGGCAAUGUGAAAUUGCCCACCAUCAAUCAAUUCCUUAAUAAUUUCGGCAACAAUGGCAACCCUGGUUCCAGCUCUACCCCAAGCGGUAGCAGCUAUCCUCCCAAUGGCAAUGUAAAGUUGCCCACCAUCAAUCAGUUCCUUAGCAAUUUCGGCAACAAUGGCAACACUGGUUCCAGCUCUACCCCAGGCAGUGGCAGCUAUCCCCCCAAUGGUAAUGUCAAGUUACCCAACAUUAAUCAAUUCCUUAGCAAUUUCGGCAACAAUGGCAACCCUGGUUCCAGCUCCACCCCAGGCAGUGGCAGCUAUCCCCCCAAUGGUAAUGUCAAGUUACCCAACAUUAAUCAAUUUUUGAACAACAUGUCCAACAACGGCCAGUCUCCCAGCAUGAGUAAUUUCCCCAGCCUAGCCAACCAUUUCGGCAACUUUGUACAAGCCCAACCUCGUGCUUCUUACUAAAUUUUUUUUUCUAUCGUAUUCAAAAA